AUGCCGUGGCCUCCAUGGAUUUACCUUCAGAUCAGUGAAGAAAAACCUGUUUGCUUAAAGAAACCUGGAGCAGUUGGGCUGAUGUGUUUGUCACAUGCACCUCCAGUGUGUGAAAACUCUGUUCCUCUGAGGCUGAGUCGGUGUAGGAGUGACAAUCAAAAGCAUUUAUUGUGUAGGAGACUACAAGGCGAUGACGAAAACAACAACAACAACAACAACAACAAAAACCCUGCGCUACCAGCUGACAUAGGAGCUUUAAUGAAGCAGGCUCACACCUCGCUGCCUCCCACCACUCAUCCAUGCAUUCAUGUCACUCUGCCAAGGUGGUAUUGUGUCAGCAUGCCAGGCCAUGUGAACGCCCACGUCAUUCUCACACAUACAACAUGGAAGUUGUUUACUGUACCUUAUUAUAUUAACAAAGUGGUUUAA